AUGUCCUUAAAAAAUGCAGAACUUGCGUGGAAAACUUUGAAUGAUGCGAUUUGGAAUGCCCAAGUGUUAGGAAAAGUAGACAAGACUCGCUGGGAAGAGGUACGAAAGACGGUACGCGAGUUGGGCGAUGAUGAGAUUUCAAGGGCAUUUACUAGACAUGAGGAAUGCCGUGGUAAAUUUGGCUUCGAAACGAGAUUUUUAUGGUUGACAUCUGUUUUGAAUGGACGAAGGUAUCCACCCGUAAACGCCGACAAUGGUGGGCCGGUCUCAUGGAAUGAAGAAACUAAUGAAACUUCAAGCAACAGGUACGCAAGUGAUCAACACGCGCCCAUAACCACUUGUACAGAUCGUACUCAGCCGCCCCCUAAACAAUUUAGAAACCCCGAAAUUGAACAAAAUUCGAGAAUUUCUGACUGCUCCUUCGUGGCUAGCUUGAUAAAUAUUAGAUGUCAAUGCCCAGAAUAUGUCAAGGUCUCGAGAGUGGGAUCCAGUUCGGUCUUUAACGUCAACUUGCACUUCAACGGCGCCAGCAACCGCCUUGUUCGUGUAAAACUGUCAAAUAUACCGUCUGAUUCAGAGGGCGGUCGAUUGGCAAUUUUAUCAGAGAAUGCUGAGGACGCUGCUCUGGAGCUUGCUUACUUCCAAAUUAGAAACGGUUCAAAACACACAUUCGCCGGUUCCAAUGCUGCGAUAGACACCUUUCUUCUCGGUGGAUUUGUCCCAGAAAUUUACAAAAUCAAGGAAGAUACGUGUAAUUAUAUCAGAAAUCUACUGCAGAAGGGGAUUUGUUUGGUAACAUUGGGCACGGGCCAAACCGUCAAAAGCUCCCAGUAUCUAAUCAACCAUGACUACCCAGUUCUGGGUCUCGAUCGUGAAGGUCGCAUAAUUGUGAGAGAUCCGCUGUGCAUUUCAAAAACAUUCCCGUUGAAUGAACAAGCUUUUCUGGAGAAUUUCAAUGUGGCAUAUGUCAACUGGAAGUGUUCACUUCUGUUUUCUGAACAUCAAAAAGUUCACUUUAAAUACUCAGCCCAAAAGUGCAAUGCCUCAAUGAGCCUACUCAAUAAACCGAUAUUUCGAUUGAAGAAUGAAUCAAAAUCCAGCGAGCCUUUAUGGGUAUUGUUAGAGAGGCACCUCGGUAAUUAUAAUGUGAAAAACAACGGAUGUGCUGUACGGGAGGCGACGCGCGAUUUGUACCCUCUAGACACAGAGAAAGGCAGUAAUACUGGUUUCCACCUGUUGAAGCUAACGCUAGAACCUGGAGACUUUAAAUACAUAUACUGCCACUCGGAUGUCUCCGCAAAUUUCACUCUCCAUUUACUCCACGUUUCACGCUGUGUGCGAGCGGAAAGGUUCAAUGCUAACAGUAUUUCUGCGUCUGUGGAGGAUGAGUGGAAUACAGCAACCGAUCACGGCCCGUUUUCAAAUCCCACUUAUUAUAUGAAUCCAACAUUCGAAUUGAUUAUAGACGCGAAAGAUCAAUCAACCCACUAUGCUAAUAUACAACUUGAAAGCAUUGGCAACUCUCUAGUGAAUGUUCAAAUAUUCCAUCAUGAUGAUCAUGACCUCACGAGGCCUAUUCUCUUUGAUGGGCAUUACGAAAACAAGGUUCACGUUAGACGCGCUGUCCCGCUUUCGACAGGUACUCCUUACAAAAUAAUAUGUUCUGCAUACGAAAAGUAUACAAAUAAAUCUUUCAGGUUAAGUGUCACCGACCCGGCCGAGCAAUGUCGGCUGCUUCUAAGAAGAAUAUAUCCACAGUUUGGCUCCCGAAUGUACCAUACUAAACAUGAGUUCUUUUGGCCGCAAAACUCCAAUCGUAAGAAAAUCGAAAUUGUGCCAUCUGCAACAAUGGAACUGCAAAUUCGUUUAUUGCCUCUCCAAUUUAGCUCUGCACUUUCUAUCAGAUGCAACAUUUUCCUGUCGGAUACUGGUCAAGCGAUUCUUACGAAUAACGACUUUUCGCCCACGCCUAGGCACGGGAAAGUAAUAGAAAAAUUCAAAGUCAUUAAGUCACAGCGUUUAACACUUAUCAUAGAGAAAGAUGGGCCAUCCACGAUUUCGAGUGACGUCCCCAUCCGGCUUGAAAUUGGGUCGGACUUUGAAAUACUUUUAUACGAUAGAUGA